CACUAAGAAUCUGCUGGGAAUAUACGCGACCUACUUUACAGUGCCGAAUAUCAAAGAAUACAUUGCACUCGACUCACUCUUCGAGCCUCUAUCUAAAACAUCGUCUCGGAGUAAUCCCCAUCGGGAGCUCCCUUGUCACUAUCAUGAGUGAUCAAGAUACCAAGCCCGUUGAGGGUGAUAAGACCCCUGUCGAGAAUGUCGAGACAGACGCUAUCAACUCUGACGCCACCUCCGACGUCCCUCAGACCAACGUCAAGACAGAGCCUGGUGUAAAGGUCGAAAAUAGCGGAGAGGUCAAGGACAAUGUCCAAGAUGCCACUGGAGAUAUCGCUCAAGAUUCUGCCGAGGAUACCGCCAAGGCAGACGAAAAAGAGUCUGCUGGUGCAGUUAAAGUUCCCGAUAACGGUGAAGACAAGGGAUCGAAGUUCGAUUUCAGGAAGAGAAAGUGGCCCCAAAUCCGCAACCCCCCGAAGGGUAUGUUGAAGGUGAAUCGAGGUGGAUGUCCUACCAGAGAGAAAUCUGACCCGUCCAUUCUCCCGGAUUCUGAUGAUCCCAAGGCCAUCCGUUGGCAGGUCGAAUUCUACUUUUCCGACAGUAACCUACCUAGUGACAAGUUUCUGUGGAACAAGACUGAUGGAUCUAACAACAAGCCUGUGCCGCUUUCCUUGAUCUGUAGCUUCUCCAGAAUGCGUCGCUUCAAGCCCUACUCAGCCGUCGUUGAGGCUCUCAAGACCAGCAAUCGUCUUGUCCUGGAAGGUCCUGAAGGCGAAGAGACAAUUCGUCGAAAGGAGCCAUGUGAGCCAAGUGAUGAGCUGACCAGCAAGAUCGAGGAUCGCACUGCCUAUAUCAAGGGUUUUGGCGAAGAGAGCAAGUCCACUCAAUUCGAUGCCGAAGAUUUUGUCUCCCAAUUUGGAGAGAUCAAUGCCGUCCGCUUGCGACGUGACGAGGGUGACAAGGAGAAGGUAUUCAAGGGCUCUAUCUUUGUCGAGUGGGUUGAUGAAGAGACCGCAUGGAAAUUCUACGACAUAAAGCCCGAACCUCGAUGGAAGGAUCACCCACUAAUGAUCAUGCCUAAGCGCGAAUAUGAUCGUCAGUCUGCUGAGGAGGAGCUCCGGAAAAAGCGAUCCCAGAAUAAUGAACACAAUGGACAGCGUCAAAAUGGCCAUCACGGCGGCAGAGCCGGUCGUAGCGCUCGUGAGUCCCAGACUCACCGCUCUGACCCCGAUAACUGGAAGAAGCGCCGUGAGGAUGAUCGGCGAGAUGGCUUCAAUGAUCGUCGCGGCGGCCGCCGUGAUCAUCGCGGGCGGGGUCGAGGCGGUGGUCGUGGACGUGGUGGGGAUCGUAACCGAAAUGGCAACGAUCGAGCGAAAGAGCAAGAGUCUGUGCCGCGCGACGAUGGAAGACCUAAGAUCCACACGAGCAAGCAAGGCCAGAAGAUUAUCGACGAAGAGGCGAAGAAGAACGCAGGCAGUCAGUCAAACGGCAAGCGUGGUCGCGAUGAGGAUUCCACCACCGAUGCUCCUCCAGCGAAGAAGGUUGAUACUAAAGAGGCUGUUGCCAAUAGCGCAUAGGCAACAGAAGUUGAUCUGUGUCUUAUCACCAGCGAAGGACGCAAAAUAUGCUCAUACAUUUGCUAGCAUUGUUUCAUUAUGGCAUCCAACACAUUUUGCACCAGAUACGAUGGUCAAAUUCAGCAAAAAGUAUUGCUUGGUCGGAUUUGUUUGCGGCGUUUAUGGCCACUUGAGAUGGGAAUUAGGUAGACAUGUCUACUAGGGAAA